AUGAGUGGUAAAAUCACACAAAUAAUUACAAAACGAUCGAUCAAACCAAAGGCUCAAUACUCACCAUCAAACCCAACGGCAACAACAAAACACCAUUUGAUAAUUUUUGAUGGUACUGGAAAUAUGAUGAUUGUUGGUAAUUCAAGUGUGAAACGACUUGAACGUGACGGUACAGUGAAAUUGAAUAAUGGUACUACAGCUAAAUUAAUUGUAUCAGGGACAAAAGAUGAAUGUGUGAAACGUUGGAGUAAACAAACACACUUAUCUAAAAAAAGUAAUAAGAUCAAUUUUUUCACUCUUAAAUCACAAUCCUUAUAUGUUUCGGAUAAUGACAACAAUGAACAGCUUCGAAAUGAUGAUGAUGAUGAUGAUGAUGACGAUCAUGAUGAUGAGUUACCAGAAUCAAUGGAACAAACACUAGAAAUGCCAGGAAAUACAUUUUCAACACCUGCUCCUUAUCGGCGCCGAAAAACAUUAGUACGUCGUUCAAGCUCGCCUGAUUCAAUUUUGUCUGUUUCUUCACCAAAACGAUUUGUAUCGAAUGGUCGUGCAAACUAUUCUACUAAAUAUGUCAAUGAUGAUUUACCCUAUUUACAAAGUCAAAGUCAAAGUCAAGCAGUUGAAGAAACAGAUCCUACAGUUAUGUCUUCGUCAGAUGAUGAAGAAAUUAUGACUGCCAAUAAUUCGGUUUCUUUUGGUCGUUUAUUUGAAGAAAUAAAAAGUACAAAAGCGAACAUACGUUAUGUACGUACAGAAAAUCAUGGUAUUCAUCAACAGUUGACACGUUUAAUAAAAAAAUUGUCUCGUUUUAGCUCAUUGGUACUAUCGAAAAAUGAAAAUGAUCUCGACCGUUAUCGUGACUCUAACAUGAAAGAGAGCUACAAAUCGGAAAUCGGAAUUCUCGUCUUGAUGAAAACAUUUUCAUAG